GUCUCAUACUAGUACAAAUAUAGCCAGAUCCGAAAGUACUCGAAGUGUUAGCCCUGCGAGAAUGCGCCGGCUAGUUUCCAUAAAUAUGUUUUAAGAAAAACCCCUUGUCUGAUUAGCUAGAUUUAAUGUUAAGUCGUUGUCCUGAGGAAAAUAUGUCUGAGUUGAUGCAUGCUCUGGUGAGGGUGUCGGAGAAGGCGGCGGACAUAGCGCGUGCUUGCAGACAGGGGGAGAGCCUCUUCAGCGUGCUUAUCGAGGAGAAGAAAGAGGGUGAGAAGAGCAAAAAGUUUGUGACGGAUUUCAAAACGCUUGCUGAUGUCCUAGUCCAGGAAGUCAUAAAGCACGACAUUGGAAAACAGUUCCCAGGAAUUGAAAACAACAUAUUUGGAGAGGAAUCAAAUGAGUUCAUGAAUGGACUAGGUGAGAAGAUUGAGGUGCAGGUGUGUGAGACUGAGCAGGACAACUGCGAGCUGCUCUGUAAGGUGCUGGAGGGCAACGUGGAAGCAGCGAAGGUGCUAGCAAGAGCAGUACACGGUGACCUCACCAUCCCUGACCUAAGUGACUUCAGGAUACCAUUGGACAGCCUUGGAGUGUGGGUGGAUCUGAUAGAUUCUACAUUUUAGUAUAUCAAAGGCAUCAGUGACUCCAUUCCAAACAAUAGCAUCUACAGUGAAGGACUGCAGUGUGUGACGGUUUUAAUUGGGGUGUACCAUCUGCAUUCGGGGGCCCCUGUCAUGGGAGUCAUUAACCAGCCAUUUGCCAUUUUGGAUCCAAAGACACAGAGGUGGACUGGGCAGUACUACUGGGGAAUAUCAUAUGGCUCCUUCAAUGUCAAUUCCCUCCAGUCAUCAGCAGGGGGUGCCAAAGAGCACCACAGCAGCACGCUCGCAGACUCCAGCCAGCAGGGGGCAUUGCGUUCAGUAGUGCUUAGCACAGGGGAAGCAGAUUGUGUCAAGAGGGUCUUCCUGGAAGCUUUCAAAGGGGGAGUUCACUAUGCCGCAGGUGCAGGGUAUAAGAGCCUGUGUGUUGUCCUUGGUCUGGUGGACGUAUAUGUAUUCUCUGGAGACACAACGUUCAGAUGGGACUGCUGUUCCCCGCACGCCAUCCUACACUCCGUGGGUGGUGGCAUGGCCGACUUGAAGGAGUGCUUGAGAUUGAGAAGUAAUGGGACUCUGGAGGAGCAGCCAGAACUAAUGUACCACACCCCUGUGCAGGACGCCACAGGGGCCGACAGGUGGGAAAAUAAAGGCAGGCUAAUCGCAUACAGGUCACCGACACAUCUGGACGCAGUCCUGAAGCUUCUCUCUGACGUCCCACUGUAGUCAGUAACUCCCUGUCUCUAGAGCCAGAAUGAGGAUGGUUUGGGCACAGGCUGAGGCUGGCUGCUUCCGUACAUCAUGAUUUCUGGGGGCAGUACCCACAGCUAGACGUGCGCAUGUCCAAAAAUAGAUGAUAAGGAUCCACCACUUCCUGUGAAAUGAAGAAGGAAGUCCUGUUUGAGCUUUAUCUUGUGUUGAAAGUGAAAGAAAUGAAAUCCUCAGCGAUGGUUGCAAGCUUGUUUAGCUCUAUCCUAGGCCAAAAUCAUUGACUAUAGUGGACUUGAUUGAAGCAGUUCUUUCCCAGUACAAAAUAGCGAAUGGAAAAUCCCACUAAGCAAAGGAAGCCAUCUUGGCUCAGCUCCACAGUGGAAAAGGAUUGUAACGAGCCAGUGAGAUUCCAGUUCUUUAGUAGGUUUAGCCUCAAAUGGUCCAUUUAUUCAGUGACUGAAAAGGGAAUUUUAUGAGAUUUUGUGUCUCUAAUCUUAUUGAUUCUGGUAAGUUUUAGCUAGCAUUAGGUCAUAGGUCAGAAGUUGGGUUGGCAUGAUUCGCCCCUCCUAUUGGAGCCCCACCUACAGAAGAUCAUGAGUCAUCAGAGGCAGCAGACUGGCUAUUGUUUUCUUGGUAAAGGAGAUCCUCGGAAGGGUGGUGGCUUGUCCUUUCUGCCACUGGCAUAGCAUUAUGCAUUAAUUUAUAUUGUGCACUUUCAAUCAUUCUCUAUGCACCUAGAGCAGAAAUAAGGCUGUGUUUUAUGUAUACUGUGAAUGAUCAAGGAGUCCAAACUGCAAAUUCUCAAUUAUUUCAAGCUGAUUUGUUUUGAGGAGGCACAAGUUGAAAGGAUGUAACUCUCUAGACUUAAGUAUUGUUGGUCACAUUUUGAAGCUCUCUGCAUGAACUAGAAUUAACAGAACAGGAAACCUGUGUGGUUUUGCGGGUUGUGUGUUUUUUUUAAUAUAACAGCAGUGUUGAAGGAAAUCUAUCUGAAUUAGCCAUGCUUUGAACAGUCUCCAGGGCAGUCAUGGUUGAAUUUACAAUCAUCUGCAUAAUCAGGGUUAAGAUUGGGUUCAGCUAUGUGAACAGAACAGUGAGCGAGGUUAAAUGUCAUUAUCAGCCUUACAAGUAAGACUUUUGACUCAUGUGGCUCAACAGAGUGCGAAUACAUGCAUGUGUGUAAAGUGCAGAGUGCAGUUCUCUCCAGGGUCUGAUAACCAGUGUCAGGUUGCUGAGAUAUGUUAGUUUGAAGAGCACUGUUUUGUUGUGACUGUCGUGAAGUGCAGACUGCCAAAGCAUGUGCUUCCCAUGACAUGAAACUGCUGAGAUACAGCAUUUUUUUUCUUUGAUAAUGGUCUCCCUCACUGAAUGGACAGUUGCUCUAUAUCCAUUUCUCAGCUAGAUUACACCAUACAAAUUAAGAUGUUAUUUAAUUACAUGCAUCAGAAACCAGAAAUUCAGUUUUAAGUGUUUCAAAAUAAUUAUUAAUAAUAAUAAUAAUAAUAAUAAUAAUAAUAAUAAUAAUGCAGGUCAUUUGCAUGUUCAUUGUAAUCAAGAUGGAAUAUUGUAUAUGUACAAUAACUGCCACAAUGUCUGUCAUGUGUAUCUCACUAUCUGGAAUGGGGUUGUCUUUAAAAAAACUUGUACAGCUGAAGUUGUAUAGAUGUACUUGAUGUAUGCAUAUAUUUACAGUUGUUCUGUUCCUUGAAUUUAUAGAAUUUGACUUUUUUAAGCUUAAUAUUUUUGUUUGUUUUACAUAUUUUGUCUGUUUUGCAAAAUUGCCGUUUGUUUUUAUUUUCACUGUAUUUAACAUGUUUUAGACGACAUGUCAUAUUGGUAGCAACCCUGGGCGCAGCGUCAAAUGAUAAAACGCUGAUCGGUUAUGUGUAAA